GUUGCUCACUAACGACGAUGGGUGCACCGAGCUAUCCUCCCCUCUUCCAGCUAGAAGACCCUUCCCUCUUCAAACAAGAUUCCUUCGUCAAUGGCGAAUGGGUCGGUUCAUCCUCUGGAAAGCGCUUUGCAGUCAUUGACCCUGGGUCUGGAAAAGAAUUUGCCAGCUGCCCGAUCAAUAGCUCGGAGGAUGUCAACGCCGCAGUGGAAGCUUCUCACGACGCCUUCCAAAGAUACCAGCUCGUGACGGCUCGUGAGCGCGCAAAGGCACUCCUGCGCUGGCACGACCUCAUCACAGCCGCGAAGAAGGACAUCGCAACCAUUGUAACAUACGAAACGGGAAAGCCUCUCUCAGAGGCACUGGGUGAGCUAGACUACGCGCUAGGAUUCACCUGGUGGUUUGCGGGCGAGGCAGAGCGCAUUCAAGGCACCGUGGGGGCUUCCUCCGUUCCAGGUCGGCGGAACUUUACCAUCAAGCAACCGAUUGGGGUUUCGGUUGCCAUGGUCCCUUGGAACAUCCCUGUUGCGAUGAUCUUGCGCAAGGCCUCUGCUGCGUUGGCUGCGGGCUGUUCAAUGGUCAUCAAGCCAUCGCCUGAGACACCCUUGAGUGUGCUUGCGUUGGUGGAGUUGGCUGCGAGGGCUGGCGUUGAAAGGGGCGUUUUAACGGUCUUGACUACUGACUUGAAUUGUACGCCGGCACUUAGUGAGAGUCUUUGCAAGCACCCUUUGGUCAGCAAAGUCACAUUCACUGGGAGUACACGCAUUGGGAAGUUGAUAUCACGGCAUUGCAGUGACGGGCUGAAGAAACUCACUCUCGAGCUCGGAGGAAACUGUCCUUUCAUUGUCUUUGACGACGCAAACUUGGCUCAGGCUGUGGAAGCCCUAGCCUUGUUAAAGUGGCGCCAUGCAGGACAAGCAUGUAUCACUGCGAACAGAGUCUAUGUCCAAAGCGGCGUUUACGAUCAAUUCAAGAAACUUCUUAUCGAAGCAACCAAGAAGCUCAAAGUAGGCCACGGCGCUGCACCAGACACCACAAUCGGACCCCUCACAACCGCAGCCGGGAUCGAGAAAGUCGAAUCCCAAGUCCAAGAUGCAAUCUCCAAGGGCGGCAAGCUCGUACUAGGCGGCAGCAGGCCUGACCACGUUGAUCCUAGAGGAUACUUCUACUCGCCGACGAUCAUCUCGGAUGCCACCGCAGACAUGAUGGUAGCUCACGAAGAGACCUUUGGCCCGCUUUGCGCACUUUUCCGCUUCGAGACAGAGGAGCAGGUCGUCAAGAAAGCAAACGAAACAAGCAUGGGAUUGGCGUCGUACUUUUUCACUCGCGAUGUUAGCCGGUCGUGGCGUUUGGUGGAGAGUUUGGAGGCUGGAAUGAUUGGAAUGAACACUGGGAAUCAAUCUGCUGCCGAGGCCCCGUUUGGCGGAAUCAAAGAAAGUGGAUAUGGAAAGGAGUCUGGGAAGGAUAUCGCAGUCAAUGAGUAUCUUGUCACGAAAUCGGCGUCUCUGACCCUUGAUCCGGCAAAACUGUCUUCUGAGUCAAAAACUCCUCCUCCUCAAACCCAACUACCCCAGACAUCCCUCAAGAUGAUACUCACCCGCCUCAUCUCCCUCACCAACUUCGGCGUCGCCUCCUCCGCCCUGGCCUUCCAGGUCUUCGUCCUCUACCCGUGGCACCACCAGCUCGACGACGAAUUCAAGUCUCUCAAGACCGAACACCUCCGCCUGCUCCGCCGGCUUGACCGCAUCGCGCCCCCGGACGAGAAGCCACUCGCCCCAGCGAAAUAACUGAACUGAAUUCAACAACUGAAGAAAGCGAAGGCGCAUAAAUAUGCAUUAGAUUAUUAGCGGGUAAUCCGGAGUUUUGUACAGAGGCAAGAGUUUCAAGACCUAGAGCC